UCCACCUCAUGAGUGCAGAAGACUGCUCAGACGGGCCAAUGUGGACACAAACCAUGGCUCUCAAAAAGCUUGUACGAUCACAAGUGAAGGAGGUGCUCGAGAAGCUCUCUACGACACUUGUGGAGAACGAGUCGAAGCUCAUCACGCAGCAUGUUCUGCGCUCCUCGGCAUACAAGAAUAGCAGGGGGAUCGCAUGCUAUCUGACGAUGGAGAAGCAGGCCGAAGUCAAUACGCAUGCUAUCGUGGUGGAUGCUUUGAAAUCAGGGAAGAGGGUCUACGUUCCUCGGAUCAACUUUGAUCGCCUUGCGCGUAAGAACAGCAGGGCUGCUAACAGGCUCCCUGGAGCGGGGAAAUACCAGUGGAUGAGCAUGCUCAGAUUGUAUUCGCUCCAUGACCUGAACGGCCUGAGUAAAAACACAUGGGGGAUUCCUGAGCCCACCGUUGACGGGCCAGAAGGCAUCAAGCGCGAAGACUUGGCGAGCAUGUACACGGAGAAUGUGGAUCUUGUCCUGAUGCCUGGUGUUGCUUUCGAUCGGAACCUUUCCCGACUUGGACACGGCAAAGGCUUCUACGACAAGUGGCUCUCACACUACGCAUCAACGCAUAGCAAGGGAUCAAGACCGAUUCUGAUGGGCCUUGCACUGGCGGAGCAGAUUGUGCCUCGGAUCCCCAUUGAACCGCACGACUGGCCAUUGGAUAUGAUUGUUACACCUAAUGGUAUCAUGACUCCUGAAGGACAACCACUAGAUCAGGUGCAGGAUGGUGCCUCUGAGCAGUAGAAGACAUGUAUAUUACACAUAUUACACGCGAGAGGCGGAUUCG